AUGCCGUCGACGAAUUUUCAACGUCCCAAACCUAAAACUGUGAACGAUUUCUGGGAUGAUUUUGAACAAAAGUGUCCAACAAUUGUAAUGUUGACGACUUUGAAAGAAAUGGGAAAAGUGAAAUGUAAAAAAUAUUGGCCAGAUGAAUCUAACGUAUACGGUGAAAUUACAGUGACCAUCACUGAGACAAAAACAUUCGCUGAUUAUGUCACUCGCAUUAUGGUUGUUGAAAAGAACGGCGAACAUCAUGAAGUCGAGCAGUUUCACUACAAAUCAUGGCCAGACUAUGGAGUACCUCGUUAUCCAACACAACUCUUGACAUUCAGGAACCAUUUCAAGCUAUCGCACAAGACGAAAUCCGGUCCUGUCGUCGUUCACUGUAGUGCUGGUGUUGGUCGUACUGGAGUAUUUAUUGCCUUAGAUAAGAUCCUUGAUAAUCUUGAUGAUGAAUAUGAAACAAACAUUGAUGUAUUUGGUUUUGUGGAAGAAAUGAGAUCGCGGCGCAUAAACAUGGUUUAG